AUGUGCGCGCAUAUGGCUGAAUCCAAAUAUCUAAUUGAUCCGGAAACAGGAAAUCGUUUUCCGAUUGGAGGCUGCUUGAUUAGUCAACAGCCAUCAACUCUGCCAACGUUUGGAUCAUCAAGAACUCUUUCAAAUAAAGAAUUGCCUUCAUCAGUUGAUCUUCGACAACUAAUGACGCCUGUUGUCAGCCAAGGUGAUUUUAAUUCAUGUGUUGGCAAUGCACUAGCAGGUUCAUAUGAAUUUUUGAUAAUGAAAAAUACAAAAAAAGCUCUUAACAUUAGUCGUCUUUUUAUAUACUACAACGGUCAGAAGAUAGAUAAUCCAAAUGCCUAUAAAUUGGAGGAUAUUGGAACUUAUUUAAGUAGUGCAGUUAUGGGCUUAAAACGUUUUGGCUGCUGCAAAGAAGAAAUGUUCCCACACACCUCGGCAAAUCUGAAUAAGAGACCACCGGAACACUGCUUUAUAGAAGCUGCAAAAUAUAAAAUCAAAGAAGCUCUGGUUGUAGCUGUUGACUUGAAUGAAAUGAGAGGAUGCUUGGCUGAGGGUUAUCCGUUUGCAUUCGGUCUUGAAACGUUUCAAUCGUUUUUAAGAGCCGGAAAAAAUGGAGGUCGUGUCGAAAUGCCGAAUCUAUAUUAUGAGAAACAAAAUCAACAACACGGCUGGCACGCAAUGUUGGCAGUGGGAUAUAGCGAUCUAUCAAGAUGUUUCAUUGUUCGAAACUCAUGGGGUAAAAGUUGGGGUGACAAUGGCUAUUGCUACAUACCGUAUGAAUAUAUGUGUAACAAAGAUCUAUGCCAAGAUUUACAUACAAUCCAAUUAGUCGAUAACGACUCGGCUCGUCGUACAACUACAGAUGUUGUGAAUCCAUACGAUUGGAACAUUGAUAAGAAUAAGCCAUAUUACAUUCCACCGAACUAUCCUUAUCAAGAUUUCGAUUUCACAUUUUUCUGGAAAUUAAAUGAUACUUUCAACUAUUUUGCUAACUUGUGGAGUAAAGGAAAAACACUUCCUCUUGUAUGGGGCUCAUUGCCGACUGACGAUGUCAUCAGGCCCGAUCGUACACCAGUAUUGCCAAAGAAUGAAGUUCAAAUGUCGUUUAUUCUUUGGAUAGAUAGCAAAAAUAAUGCAAAUGCUCAAAUAGAGCAACGGUUUACGGCUGGUGGAGAUGUUAAAGUCGAUUUCUGUGAAACAUAUUCAAAAGGAGAAGCACAUAUCUCAAGACUGAGAGAAAGGAUUAGAUCAUCAUCUACUUUCCAAGUAAUUUGUCGUGGGUACUAUAGAGACGAAAACAAAAAUCCACUUAAUCUAUUACAAUUUCUCAACAAUAAUGGUUUAAGUCAUAUUCCAGUUAGUGUCUUUACUCAGGAUAAAUCUGGUUUAAUGAAUCAUUUGCAAAGGCAAGGACCAGCAAUUGGUAUAUAUGAUUGGCAACAGCGUUUGUUUAUUACAAGUAGUUCCGAGGAAUUGAUCACGAAUAUCAACGACAAAAACAAGAACAAACGCUAUCGCUAA